AUGGUUCUCGUUGUUACGCCGUCGGGUCCCGACCUCGUCCCAGCGUUCAACACCAGUGGCGGUGACGUCGCGCAACGUCACGACGAAGGCUGGCCGGACGAGCUCGAGGAAGAGUUCUCCGAGGACUUCCAGAGGGCCGUCACUGUGCUGGGAUACCUGUACACGUUCUUCAUACCGCUACUCAUUGUCCUGGGCCUGGUUGGAAACGGGCUGUCUUUCGUCACGUUUCUCUUCACGCGACUCAAAGUGCGGGCGUCCAGCUUUUACCUGGGAACGCUUGCACUGUCAGACUUUGGCUACCUCUUUCUCAUGGCCUUUGUCUGGCUCGACAAGCAAGGGGUGAAGAUGCUGAACAAACGCGGCAUGUGCCAAGGCAUCCUCUACCUCUCGUCGGCGUUCAGCUUCUGGUCGGUGUGGCUCACGGUGACCUUCACGGCGGAACGCUGCUUCGCAGUCCAGUGUCCCCUGUGGAGGCUUCAGCUGGGUACCAGAUGCCGGGCCCGGGUCACCGUCGGCGCUACGGCAGCUGCGUCCCUCUUGCUCAACGCGUACCUUCUCCUGCUCACUGACGUCAUUGUCGAAGAAGACGGCGCUUCGGCCUGCCAUCACAGACCCGAGUUUGAACAGAUCCUGCAUUAUACCAACAUCAUGGAUACAGUCGUCACCCUCAUAGUGCCCUUCAUCCUAAUCGUUAUCAUGAACUUCAUGAUCGGCCGUGCCCUGUACCUGUUCAAUGCUCGGCGAAGGCUUCAGCGAAUCAACAGCGCGCAAAUGGACUCUGUAGACCCCGACAACCGCAACAUUUCGAGCGGCUGCUCGCCUACGGCCAGCCACAAGGCCAUUCCCACCACGGUGUCUGCCAACGGGUGCACGCAGGUUCACCACCAGUACCCCGAGCGGCUCCUUAUCAGUCCCAGUCAGAUCAGCGUGUCGCGUAUGCUCUUCCUCGUCUGCACCGUGUUCAUCAUCCUGAACCUGCCCAGUUACGUUGUCCGAAUACACGUCUUCGUGCUAUCCAUCAGCAAUCAGCCGGUGCCGGACUACAUCCUGCUCCUGCAGCGCUACUUCAUGCUCCUCUACUACACGAACUUCGCCGUGAACUUCAUCCUGUACAACCUGGGAAGUCGCAUCUUCAGGCGCAUGAUGAAGCAGUACGUAGCCAGCAAGUGGCGAACCGUCAGCUCGCUGUGCCGUUCCACGGAAUCUUACGAGUCGAGCGCGGGCGUCGGAGACGCGGUCGCCGGCUCGCUCAAGCCCCACCACAACGAGCAGCCGCACUGUGCGGCGGCCAGGCACAAGUCGCCACGGAAGACGUGA